AUGCAAACAUUAAGAAAGCAUAUUGCUGGGGCAUCGUUAUUGGUCGAUGAUGAGUUGGUUGACAUCGACUCCAGCAGCAAAAAGAAUCAGGCCAGGGGCAUCUCGGGCAUCCAGCCACUGCAAUGGCGCCAAGAGGACAUCAUCGCCAAAACCUUCUCGCGCAUUCUCACCCUUCGAACGGGGGAAGCUUUAAUAUUUGCGCCAAGCGCAAUCAUCGGUGUCAACGGGAACUUUGAGUUCACGCCUAGCAUCAGUGACGAGGAUGAGGUAGAAGACUCCGGUCUCACUAGCGACACUUGUUCCUCUGAGCUGCGCGGGUUGGAUGAGGAACACGGUCAAAGCGCCGUCGUCGAAGCUGAGAAGCCCUGCGAAAUUACUGGCGCCUGUCUCCACGGUACCAGCAACAGACAUCGACAAGAACACAACGCAGCUCAGAGUGACGAGCUCAUCCGACUCGGAUCCGGCGUUCUCAUGGUCCGAAUUCGAAAGAGACUCACCAAAGACGGUGGCCGGAGCAUCUUAGCCGCUUGA